UCGGAGACCGCCACGUAUGGUUAUGUUGACGACUUUUCUCAGGGGCCAAGAGAAAUUUUAAACGAAGAAAUUGCAUCCUCACUUACAGCCACCAAAAAUGGAAGAUCACGAGACUGUCAUGCAUCACAGCCAAUAUCCUCCCAUCAUGCAAGACAUAUCAUGGCCUUUGGCAAUCCCAUUCAAAGAGCAACGCUACUAUAGAAGUCCAAGUGAAUCAAUUGGCAAUAACUACACACCGACAGCAAGUAACUUGAAGAUAAAAGAUUUGAAGAAGUCAUGCCGUACUCAAAAGGUGGCUCCAGUAAUGCCAACCUGCACUCUGAAAUAUUAUUCUCCUCUCAAAGCAUCUCCACCUGCCCUAAAGAGGCGCAAACUUUCAGACAGAAGCAAGUCUAUCAGCAAUGGAGUUACAACAAAUCGGCCUGGAGACCCUGGUUACGUACCUGCAAAAAAGCAUGAAUUUCUUGAAAGUCGACCAAUGACCCCAGUGGAACAAAUUAAUUUAAUUCUUGAACAAGAGAAUGAGAUUGCUGAGCAAGAAGGAGAGCCUACAGAUAGAGAUUAUGAGAGAUAUCUUCACUAUAUUGAUCAUGGCAUCCAACCUUAUAUGAUUGAACCACAAAAGCCUGAACAAAUAAAUCGAAUUGAACAACUUUUGCCCAGGGAUCUUAGAAGUGUUCCUGAUUUGCAGCCACUGCACAUGGAAUUGCUUGAGGAAGUUCACAGUGACUAUUAUAGCAGCCUUAGGAAAGCCAUUGUUAACUACAUCUUGAAGGAUCCUUCUGAAAGGAUGCGUCUUUUUGUUUCUUCUGUGCCUCGACCUUUCCCUCGUAGAGUAAUUCGUGCACCAGUUCCUUGGCACAAUGCCUACUCCAAAGCUAAGGCAUGGAAUGAAUCUCAUCUCUUUGUUGUCAGUCCAAUGAUGGCUUUACUGCAGGAUUUAUGGUACACAAAGUUUGACGAUUUCCGAUUUGUCCGAGUGAAGGAAAUAAACUCAGGAGAUCUUCCUCUGCUUCCUCAGGAGUUUGAAGAUCUUAUUAGGAAGCAUUGUGCAGAGGCUCGUAAUAUUCUUGAAAACAUAUGGGUUCCAACCUGUGCCACUCUCUUCCUGACUCACAAAGAAAAAUGGAUGCAUUUAGUACCACAAAAUGAUUGUGAAUCUACUCAGCAAGUUAAAGAAUUCUUUGCAUGUGCUGCCUCUGUUAUGUCUCUGCAACUAAGGGGAGCUGUUAUCAAGUCUUUGGAGGAUCUCCUGUCAUUUUUUACUGUACACAAGGAUGGAAAUGAUUUUGGAGAUGAAUUCCAUGAGUUGCGAUACGUUAGGCCACAAAUCAUAAUACUCAAACUGAAAGUGGAAGAGCCUAAAAUAAUUUUUGAACCGAACCUGGAUGAGUGUUGGGAUCUAAUUAAUCGAUGUUACAUGGAAAUUCUGAACAGCGCUAAUGGAAUUCUUAAGGUGGAAUGUGAAUUGUUUCCUGAUCUUUCAGACAAAAAUCUCAUCCUUCGUACAGUACAAGAAGAGGAAUCCCUUGUCAAUGAAAUUAUCAGUAAAGCCAUGGAAAUCUUUAGUGUAAAUAUAAUAGGGCCUCAAAGCUAUCUAAAUGUAUAUAAAGUAUACAGUGAUCUUUUGAACAAUAAGGCAGAACAAGAAGUUGCUACUUUUUUGUCAGAGAAACAUUCAAUGGAAGCAUUCAUAAAGAAAAUAGACAGCUUGCAGAAACUGUGCAAUGAAAUAGCCCUGAUGCACGUUACUGUCCCACUUGCUAUGUUUUGUCUUGAUGCUGUCAGCCUCAAUGCAGACCUCUGUGCUCGUGCUUUGAAACUAAAGGAGACUUUGAUUGAGUCUGUAGUGCAGGAAAAUCGGAAACUAAAUAUGAGUAUUUGUCAGCAGUAUGAGGAAAUAUCUGAUCGGAUCAGUGAAAUACCCGAGAGCACAGAAGAACUCGUGGAACUUGACACUUACAUGAAAAAGGCUAGUGAUGUCAUUAUUGUAAAGCUAAGAGAAGAAAUCUUUGAGGCAGCAGACAGACUGGACUUUUUGCUAGACUACGCCACACUGCCAGAUGACGAUUUGAAGCUGAACAGUCAGGUCUUCAACUGGCCAGAACAGAUUAUAUUAAUGCUUGAUUCACAUCGGGACCGGCUGCUGAGCAAGAGAGAGGAUGUGGAUGAUGAUCUGCGGAACCGAGUAAAAGAAUUUCGGAAGAAAGUUGUGGCAUAUGGCAAAGAAGCAGACAGCUUCAAGAAAAAGGAAAUUAUAACAAUUGACGAAAUGAAGAAUAAUGUAGAAAGGCUCAGUGAACUGUCUGAUAAUCUGACUGCUGCAAUGGAUGAACUAGAUGCUAUAAAUAAAGAAGAGGAGUUGUUGGGGCAUCAAGUGACCCAGUUCCCACAAUUAAUGGCCACUGUAGGACAGAAGCAACCUUAUGAACAACUGUGGAACACAGCAUAUAACUUUUACACCAAAUCAGAAGCAUGGCUCAAUGGACCCUUUCAAGGUCUAGAUGCUGAAGAGGUCACAAGCGAAAUUUCAAAUAUGUGGAGAACAAUGUACAAACUGACAAAGACAUUUGCAGAUGUCUCUGGACCUAAACGUGUAGCAGAAAAUGCAAAAUAUAAAAUUGAGAAAUUUAAACCCCACCUACCGAUUAUCUCAACUAUUUGCAAUCCUGGCAUCAAGGAAAGGCAUUGGAAAGAGAUCAGUGCAAUUGUUGGAUUUGAAGUGAAACCUGAUAAAGACACCACCUUGCAGGAGAUGCUAGAAAUAGGACUUGAAAAGUUCAUUGACAAAUUGGAAGAGAUUGGAGUAGCAGCAAGCAAAGAGUAUUCACUGAGAACUCUUGCUAAGAUGAAAGCAGAAUGGGUGGAUUGCAACUUCAACUUUACAAAGUAUAGGGACACAAAUGUAAGCAUUCUAUCUGCAGUGGAUGAUAUACAGGUAUUGCUGGAUGAUCACAUCAUUAAGAUACAGACCAUGCGUGGAUCACCAUAUAUUAAACCAGUUGAAACUGAAUGUAAGCUAUGGGAGGAGAAGCUGGUCCUGAUGCAGAAUAUUCUUGAUGCCUUUAAAUGCCAGGCCACCUGGCUUUACCUAGAGCCUAUCUUUAGCUCUGAGGAUAUCAUUGCUCAAAUGCCAGAAGAAGGUCGGAAGUUUGGAAUUGUGGAUGGCUACUGGAAAGAUAUAAUGUUUGAAGCAGUAAAAGAUACUCAUGUUUUGGAAGCUACUGCUCAGCCAAAUAUGUUGGAAAGGUUGCUAGAGGCUAAUGUUCUCUUGGAAGAGAUCCAGAAAGGUCUUAAUUUAUACCUGGAGAUGAAAAAGACUCUAUUUCCCAAGCUCUUUUUUCCCCACUACAGGUUCUUUUUCUUGUCCAAUGAUGAGUUGCUUGAAAUUCUUUCGGAAACCAAAGACCCGCUUAGAGUCCAGCCACAUCUGAAGAAAUGCUUUGAAGGGAUAGCAAAACUUCAGUUCACCGAUCAGCUUCAAAUAACAGGAAUGAUUAGCUCUGAAGGAGAAAUUGUCCCAUUUGUUAAAAAUAUUAACCCAGCAAAAGCUAAGGGUAUGGUAGAGAAAUGGCUUUUGCAAGUUGAAGAGAUGAUGCUAAGCAGCAUAAAGCAUGUUAUUAAGGAAGGUAUUGCCAACUAUGUUCAGCUUUCACGUAAAAAAUGGGUUCUUCAGUGGCCCGGACAGGUGGUGAUUUGCGUGUCCUCUAUCUACUGGACCAGUCAGGUUUCUGAGGCAAUUACAAAUGGCACUUUACCUGAUUAUCUACAGAAAAGCAAUGAACAAAUUAAUGAAAUUGUGGAACUAGUGCGAGGAAAGCUAUCUGGUGGAGAACGCAUGACUCUUGGAGCACUUACGGUCAUUGAUGUGCAUGCACGUGAUGUAGUUGCCCAAUUGACAGAUGCUAAUGUAUCAAGUCUCAAUGAUUUCAUGUGGAUAUCCCAGCUGAGAAAUUACUGGGAAGAAAAUGAGGCUAUUGUGCGUAUGAUCACUACUGUUUUGACUUAUGGUUAUGAAUAUCUGGGUAACUCUGCACGACUUGUCAUAACACCACUCACUGAUCGAUGUUACAGGACAUUGAUGGGAGCAUUAAGAUUAAAUCUUGGUGGUGCCCCAGAAGGACCUGCAGGAACUGGCAAAACAGAAACAACAAAAGAUUUGGCAAAAGCUGUAGCCAAGCAGUGUGUGGUUUUCAACUGCUCUGAUGGUCUGGAUUACAAAGCUAUGGGGAAAUUUUUCAAGGGUCUUGCCCAGUCUGGGGCUUGGGCCUGCUUUGAUGAGUUCAACAGAAUAGAGGUUGAAGUGCUGUCUGUAGUUGCACAACAAAUUCUCAGUAUUCAGCAAGCAAUUAUACGGAAACUUAAAACGUUUCACUUUGAAGGUACUGAAAUUUCUCUCAACCCAACAUGUUCGGUCUUUAUAACUAUGAAUCCUGGCUACGCCGGUCGGGCAGAACUUCCAGACAACCUAAAGGCAUUGUUCCGUACAGUCGCAAUGAUGGUUCCAGACUAUGCUCUGAUUGGUGAAAUUUCCCUUUAUUCAAUGGGGUUCAUUGACUCACGAAGUCUUUCUCAGAAGAUCGUGGCUACCUAUCGUCUGUGCUCUGAACAGUUAUCAUCACAGCAUCACUAUGAUUACGGCAUGCGUGCAGUAAAGUCAGUCCUCACUGCAGCUGGAAACCUGAAGCUGAAAUUCACAGCUCAGGAUGAGAAUGUACUGUUACUACAAGCCCUGUUAGAUGUGAACUUAGCCAAGUUUUUGGCCCAGGAUGUACCACUGUUUCAGGGCAUUAUCUCUGACCUAUUCCCUGGUGUGGUGCUCCCUGUACCGGAACGUGAGGUCUUCCUUAAUGCAUUAAAGGACAACAUUAAGAAAAUGAAACUACAGCCAGUUCCGUGGUUUAUUGAGAAGAUUAUUCAGAUUUAUGAGAUGAUGUUAGUACGUCAUGGAUUUAUGAUUGUUGGUGAUCCUCUGGGUGGUAAAACCUGUGCCUACAAAGUGUUAGCAGGAGCACUUGGUGACUUGUAUGCAGCUAAGUUAAUGGACGAGUAUUCUGUUGAAUACUGUAUAAUAAAUCCAAAGGCUAUAACCAUGGGCCAGCUUUAUGGGUGCUUUGAUCCUGUAAGCCAUGAAUGGACAGAUGGGGUUCUCGCCACAACUUUUCGAGGUCAAGCAACUUCUGUCACUGAUGCAAGAAAGUGGAUUGUAUUUGAUGGACCUGUUGAUGCUGUUUGGAUUGAGAAUAUGAACACUGUAUUAGAUGAUAACAAGAAAUUGUGUUUGAUGAGUGGAGAAAUUAUCCAGAUGAGUUCUAAAAUGAAUUUAAUAUUUGAGCCAGCAGAUUUGGAACAGGCUUCUCCAGCAACAGUCAGCAGGUGUGGUAUGAUUUACCUGGAACCCCAUCAGCUCGGUUGGGCACCCCUGAAAGAUUCUUACAUGGAUACUCUACCACCAACUAUUACUGCUGAACAUAAAGAACUGAUCAAUGACAUGUUCCAUUGGCUGAUGCAACCAUGUUUGGAUUUUACCCGGCUGCAUUGCAAGUUUUUCAUACAGACCUCUCCGAUGCACCUGGCUUAUAGUAUGAUGAGGCUCUAUUCUUGUUUAAUGGAUGAGGAAAGAUGAGAGGAGGCUGAAAUGGAGCAAUAUGAAGGAAUGUCGAGUCAGCAAAUCACCCUCUGGCUGCAGGGUUUAUUCCUCUUUGCUACUGUGUGGACCGUCGGCGCCACUAUCAACGGGGAGAGCCGCAAGAAAUUUGACAUUUUCUUCCGGAAUUUGAUCUUGGGAAUGGAUGACAAUAAUCCUCGUCCCAAAAGUGUCAAACUGACAAAAAACAAUAUCUUUCCUGAAAGAGGAACUGUCUAUGAUUACUACUUCAAAAAGGUAGGUAGUGGACAGUGGAAUCUGUGGACCGAUUAUAUCACCAAAGAAAAAGAAAUUCCUGCUGGAGCCAAGAUUUCAGAUCUUAUUAUCCCUACCAUGGAAACUGCUAGGCAGACCUUUUUCUUGGAUAUUUACGUCUCGCACAAAAUACCUUUGCUACUGUUGGGUCCCACUGGCACAGGCAAAUCUGCAAUUACAAACAACUUCCUCAUGCAGCUGCCCAAAGAGCUUUACAUUCCCAACUGCAUCAGCCUCUCUGCCAGAACCUCAGCCAAUCAAACCCAAGAUAUUAUAAUGUCAAAACUGGACAGGAGGAAGAAGGGAGUCUAUGGUCCACCAGUGGGGAAAGAAUCCAUUGUUUUUGUAGAUGAUCUUAAUAUGCCUGCAAAGGAAAUUUAUGGAGCCCAGCCACCCAUUGAACUCCUUCGACAAUGGAUUGAUCAUGGUCAUUGGUACGACAGGAAAGAUACAUCAAAACUAACCAUUAUAAAUGUAUUGUUUAUUUCGGCAAUGGGUCCUCCUGGAGGAGGAAGGAAUGACAUAACCGGGCGUUUCACUCGCCAUUUGAAUGUACUGUCAAUUGAUUCUUUUGAUGACGAUACCAUGAUGAAGAUUUUUACUUCAAUUUCGGACUGGCAUUUUUCAAAAGGGUUUGAAAACACUUUUCUACGGUUGGGAAGGAUAAUGGUGCAAGCUACCAUGGCAGUUUACAAGGCUGCGAUAAGCAGUUUUCUUCCAACUCCUUCCAAGUCCCAUUAUGUGUUCAAUUUGCGAGAUUUCUCCCGGGUGAUUAGAGGUGUCUUGUUAUGCCCAAGCACACAUCUAAAGGAGGGUGACAAACUGAUUCGUCUCUGGAUUCAUGAAGUUUACAGAGUCUUUUAUGAUAGAUUGAUUGCUAAAGACGACAGGCAGACGUUCUUCCAGAUUAUUAAAGAAACCACAUCAAAUUUCUUUAAACAAUCUGUUGAUAAGGUUUUGAGCCAUUUAACUCGAUCAGGAAAAGUUACUGAUGACAAUAUUCGAAGUCUAUUUUUUGGAGAUUAUCUAAAGCCAGAUGCUAAUGUGAAGGCUUAUGAUGAGAUAACAGACUUAAAACAACUUACAUCGAUCAUGGAAUACUAUCUGUCAGAGUAUAACAACGUCAGUAGAACUCCAAUGGCAUUGGUUAUGUUCAAGUUUGCUAUAGAACACAUCUCAAGAAUAUGCCGAGUGCUGAAGCAGGACAAUGGCCAUUUGCUUCUGGUUGGCGUUGGUGGGAGUGGCAGACAAAGUUCUACAAAACUGGCCACUUUCAUGAAUGACUUUAAUCUCUUUCAAAUUGAAAUUACAAAAAGCUAUGGCAAGAAUGAAUGGAGAGACGAUGUUAAGCGUAUAAUGAUCAAAACUGGAGCUGAAAACACACAGACUGUUUUUAUGUUUAGUGACAGCCAGAUUAAGGAUGAGUCAUUUGUAGAAGACAUCAACAUGCUGUUGAACACAGGCGAUGUUCCCAAUAUCUUCCCAGCAGAUGAGAAAGCUGAACUGUUGGAAAAGAUGCAAUCAGUGGCCAGGGCAGAUGGGAAGAGAAUUGAAGCCACUCCACUGUCACUGUACAAUUACUUUAUUGAGAAAGUAAAAGCUAACUUGCACAUUGUGUUAGUCAUGAGUCCAAUUGGAGAUGCCUUUCGGAAUCGUUUGCGAAUGUUUCCUUCACUCAUAAAUUGCUGCACCAUUGAUUGGUUCCAAGUUUGGCCAAGUGAUGCUUUAGAAAUGGUGGCACACAAAUUUUUAGAAGAUGUAGAAUUGGAGUAUGAAGUCAGGAAAGAAGUUGUUGCAUUGUGCAAGUAUUUCCAAGAGAGUGCAAGAAACCUGUCAACAAAAUAUUUCUCAAUGUUGCGGAGGUACAAUUACGUAACACCUACCUCCUACCUGGAAUUGAUACUGACCUUUAAAGUUCUUCUUAAUAAGAAAAGACAUGAAAUUGACCUAAUGAGAAAUCGCUAUCUUGUUGGUCUAGAGAAACUAGAAUUUGCAUCUUCACAGGUGUCCAUUAUGCAGAAGGAGCUAACAGACUUGCAGCCUGAACUAAUUAAGACAUCUGCUGAGACUGACAAGAUGAUGAUAAAAAUCGAACAGGAAACUGUUGAAGUUGAUGCCAAAAGGGAGUUGGUUGCAGCUGAUGAGGUAGUGGCUAAUGAGGCUGCAGCCGCUGCAAAAGCAAUUAAGGACGAAUGUGAGGGAGAUCUUGCAGAAGCCAUGCCAGCGUUAGAGGCUGCUGUAGCAGCUCUUGAUACUCUGAAGCCUGCUGACAUCACAGUUGUAAAGUCUAUGCAGAAUCCACCGGGUCCCAUAAAGCUGGUGAUGGAAAGUAUCUGUGUAAUGAAAGGAAUAAAACCAGAAAGAAAACCAGAUCCAACUGGAUCAGGCAAAAUGAUUGAGGAUUAUUGGGGUCCAUCUAAGAAGAUUCUUGGAGAUCUAAAAUUACUUGAAAGCCUGAAGACCUAUGACAAGGACAACAUUCCACCUGCAGUCAUGAAAAGAAUCAGAGAAAGGUUUAUAGACCAUCCAGAUUUUCAACCAUCUGUUAUUAAAAAUGUAUCCUCUGCCUGUGAAGGGUUGUGCAAAUGGGUUAGAGCCAUGGAAGUGUAUGAACGUGUGAUUAAGGUGGUUGGACCAAAACGCGAGAGGCUGAGGAUAGCUGAAGGAGAGCUUGCAGUCCAAAUGGAUAUGUUGAAUGUUAAACGGGGAGAGUUGAAAGCUUUGGAAGACAAACUUCAAGCACUGAAUGAUGAUUUUGAAAUUAUGAAUAACAAAAAGAAGGAUUUAGAAGAUAACAUUGAGCUCUGUUCACAAAAGCUUGUGCGUGCUGAGAAGCUGAUAGGUGGACUUGGUGGAGAGAAGGACAGAUGGACCGAAGCUGCUCGCCUGUUAGGAAUAAGAUACAUAGAUCUAACUGGUGAUGUGCUUCUGUCAUCAGGCACUGUAGCCUAUUUAGGAGCUUUCACAGUUGAUUUCCGUGUGGAGUGCCAAAAUGAAUGGCAGAUCUUGUGUAAAGGGAAGAUGAUCCCUUGUUCAGAUGACUUUUCCCUAAGCAACACAUUAGGAGAUCCAGUAAAAAUCCGUGCCUGGCAGAUUGCAGGCCUGCCAGUUGAUGCAUUCUCCAUUGACAAUGGGAUAAUUAUAUCUAACUCAAGAAGAUGGCCCUUAAUGAUUGAUCCUCAAGGUCAGGCAAACAAAUGGAUCAAAAAUAUGGAGAAAAGCAAUAGACUUGGAGUAAUAAAAUUAACUGACUCUAAUUAUGUAAGGACUUUAGAAAAUGCCAUCCAGUUUGGUACCCCGCUCUUGUUAGAAAAUAUUGGUGAAGAGUUGGAUCCAAUGCUCGAACCAGUACUGCUGAACCAAACGUUUAAACAGCAAGGGGUGGAGGUCAUGAAAAUAGGGGAAAAUAUAAUUGAGUACUCGCAUGAUUUCAAAUUCUAUAUUACUACACGUUUGAGAAACCCACACUAUCUCCAGAAUAGCAGUAAAGUUUGCCUUUUAAACUUCAUGAUUACACCUCUGGGCCUGGAAGAUCAAUUAUUGGGAAUUGUAGCUGCCAGAAAGCCUGAGUUGGAAGAAAAGAAGAACUGUUGAUCUUAGAGAGUGCGCAAAACAAAAAACAACCUUAAGGAGAUAGAAGAUAAAAUCCUUGAAGUCUUGUCAUCAUCAGAGGGAAAUAUCCUGGAAGAUGAAACAGCCAUUAAAGUUCUAUCUUCUUCUAAACUGCUUUCAGAAGAAAUAUCUGAAAAACAGCAAAUUGCAAGUGCAACAGAGAAAGAAAUAGACAUUACACGAAUGGGUUACAAACCUGUUGCCGUGCAUUCAUCUAUUAUAUUCUUUUGUAUCUCUGAUUUAGCUCACAUUGAGCCAAUGUAUCAAUAUUCCCUAAUUUGGUUCAUUAAUUUGUAUGUUCAAGCAAUUGCAAAUAGUAAAAAGAGUGAAAACGUGACUAAAAGAAUUUCAGCUAUAACAGAAAACUUCACGUUGAGUAUCUAUAACAAUGUCUGCCGUUCUCUUUUUGAGAAGGACAAGCUGCUUUUUUCACUGCUUCUUAAUGUGGGACUAAUGAAAGGCAAAGGAGAAGUUAAUGAUGAAGUCUGGCGAUUUUUGCUAACUGGUGGUGUGGCCCUUGAUAAUCCGUAUCCCAAUCCAGCGUCUGAAUGGCUAUCAGAUAAAAGCUGGGCAGAGAUUGUGCGAGCAUCAAACCUACCAGGCCUGUCUGGUUUGAUGGAUCACGUGACUGAAAACAUAGCAAAGUGGAAAAUCGUUUAUGAUUCUGCAAAGCCUCAUGAAGAGGUACUUCCUGAUCAGUGGAGUUCCCUAGAAGGAAUGGUUCACUUGAUUAUUAUCAGAUGCUUCAGACCAGACAAAAUUAUUCCAGCAGUGCAGCAAUUCAUUGUUAGUAAAAUGGGGAAAACAUUUAUUGAACCUCCAACAUUUGAUCUUGCUGGUAGUUACAAUGAUUCCCAUUGCUGUGCACCUUUGAUAUUUAUUCUUUCACCUGGAGCUGAUCCCAUGGCAGGCUUGCUGAAGUUUGCAGAUGACCUUGGGAUGGGUGGAGAAAGAACGCAAACAAUAUCACUCGGUCAGGGCCAGGGGCCAAUUGCAGCAGAGAUGAUAGAAGGUGCUCUUAUAUCUGGAACAUGGGUCAUAUUACAGAACUGCCAUCUUGCAACUAGUUGGAUGCCUACUUUGGAGAAAAUAUGUGAGGAAGUGAUCACACCAGAGAACACAGACAAAAACUUCAGGUUGUGGCUGACCAGCUACCCAUCGGACAAGUUUCCUGUCAGUAUUCUCCAGAAUGGGGUAAAAAUGACAAAUGAACCACCAAAGGGCCUCAGGGCAAAUAUGCUACGUUCUUAUCUCAAUGACCCAAUCUCAGAUACUGUCUUCUUCACCAGUUGUAACAAACCUGAAAUCUGGCAAAAGCUACUCUUUGGUCUUUGCUUUUUUCAUGCUUUAGUGCAAGAGAGGAGGAACUUUGGUCCUUUGGGUUGGAAUAUCCCUUAUGAAUUUAACGAGUCUGAUCUACGAAUAAGCAUGAGACAGAUCCAAAUGUUUUUGAAUGAAUAUGAAGAGGUACCACUAGAAGCUCUAACAUAUUUAACAGGUGAAUGUAAUUACGGCGGUAGAGUUACAGAUGACAAAGACAGGCGGCUGCUUUUAUCUCUUCUAUCCAUUGUAUACAAUGAAGAACUGAUACACCACAACCAUUAUAAGCUUGCGUCUGGCGAUGAUUAUUUCGUCCCAUCACAUGGUUCAUAUCAGACUUACAUAGAUUAUUUGCGAAAUCUACCAGCUGUUGCUCAUCCGGAGGUCUUUGGACUUCAUGAAAAUGCUGAUAUUACUAAAGAUAACCAGGAGACUAAUCAGCUUUUUGAAGGGGUGUUACUGACUCUUCCAAGGCAGUCUGGAGGUGGUGCUAAAUCUCCUCAAGAAGUUGUUGAAGACCUCGCUGCAGACAUUUUAUCUAAACUACCUAACGAUUUUGAUUUGGAAGCUGUGAUGGUAAAAUAUCCAGUGGUGUAUCAGGAGUCCAUGAACACAGUACUCAGACAAGAACUUAUUAGAUUUAACAGACUCACCAAAGUUGUACGUAGCAGUCUUAUAAAUAUUCGUAAAGCUGUUAAAGGACUUGUGGUAAUGUCUUCUGAACUGGAGAAUGUGUUUGAUAGUAUGCUGGUGGGCAAAGUUCCAAACAUGUGGGCAGCAAAAUCCUAUCCAUCUCUGAAACCACUGGGCAGUUAUGUGGUAGACCUUUUUUCAAGGUUACAAUUUUUCCAGGAUUGGAUCAAUAAAGGGGCUCCCAAUGUAUUUUGGUUAUCUGGAUUCUACUUUACUCAGUCUUUUUUAACUGGUGUCUCACAGAAUUAUGCAAGAAAAUAUACCAUACCCAUUGACCACAUUGGAUUUGAAUUUGAGGUAAUGAAAGAAGAAACUAAUUUGGACCAAAAACCAAAUGAUGGAGCAUAUGUUAAGGGAUUAUUUUUGGAAGGUGCUCGCUGGGAUAGGGAAAAGAUGGUUAUUGGAGAGUCACUUCCCAAAAUUUUGUUUGAUAUUAUGCCUAUUAUCUGGCUUAAGCCUGGAAUUAGUGCUACAUUUCUGCAUGAAAAUAUCUAUUACUGUCCUGUCUAUAAAACCAGUGCUCGCAGAGGUACCUUAUCCACAACAGGCCAUUCAACAAAUUACGUUCUUUCAAUAGAGCUUUCCUCAGAUCGACCAGAACAGCACUGGAUAAAUCGUGGUGUGGCAGCCCUUUGUCAAUUGGAUGACUAAAUUUGCCAAUUCUUGAAUCUCCACACAUACUCUGUUGAAGCAAGCAAGUGAAAGUAAAUAAUUCUAUGUCAAGUAAGACACACCAUUUAUGGAGAUGAGUUUGUCAUUAGCAAACACAAAUCAUUUAAUAUUUUGUGAACAAAAAAGAAUAAAGGGUGGAAAUCAAAAUAUACCAGCCAUUGCUAAUGUUAACAUAUUUUGUACAAACUGGAUAUAUGA